CUUAAUUAUAAUUCUCCACCAUGAACACGGUGGAAAGUAGUUGUUACCCUAAUAUGUAUGGAGUUGUUUCUGAUAAUCAAGAAGUAAUUUCUUCAUCAAACCCCAAUUCUUUCCUCUACAAUCUCUCCAUUCUCAAGGAUAAAGUUCACCAGGUCCAAUCACUCGCUUCCAUUUUCAUGUCGCCGGAUAAUCUCCCGCCGUCCGAUUCAACCGCCGCCGUCGCCAUACCCACCAUGGGUACCCUCAUUCAAGAAAUCAUCGUCACAGCUUCUUCAAUGAUGUUCUCUUGCCAGCAGAUGUCCCUAAUCUACGGCGCCGCCGCUGACGGCGGAGAUCCGGCGAUGGAAAGAGAAGAGCCCUCCGCCGCAUUCUUCUCCGAUCACUGGUACGUCGAAGGUUACAGUAAUAUUGGAAGUAGUAACAGUAAUUUUGAGGAAGGUAAUAAUUGCGGGAGGGAGUUGACUCCGAAGAGAGAGAGAAACGAAGGGAUGACACGUGGCGUAAUAUCUCCGGCGAAGGACAACUACGAUAUCAUCGAGCUGGAGGCCGCCGAUUUGCUGGCGAAGUACACGCACUACUGCCAGGUGUGCAGCAAAGGGUUCAAGAGGGACGCGAAUCUGCGGAUGCACAUGAGGGCCCACGGCGACGAGUACAAGUCCGCCGCCGCCCUCAGCAACCCACUCAAAAACAGCACUCCGGCGGCCGCCGGAGGAGAACCCCCCUGCGAUAUCUCAGCGGCGGCGGCGGCGCCGCAGCAGAGGAAGUACUCGUGCCCGCAGGAAGGGUGCCGGUGGAACAAGAAGCACGCGAAGUUCCAGCCGCUGAAGUCGAUGAUAUGCGUGAAGAAUCAUUACAAGAGGAGCCACUGUCCGAAGAUGUACGUGUGCAAGAGGUGCAACCGCAAGAAUUUCUCGGUGCUGUCGGAUUUGAGGACGCACGAGAAGCACUGCGGCGAUCUCAAGUGGCAGUGCUCCUGCGGGACCACCUUCUCCAGAAAGGACAAGCUCAUGGGACACGUGGCAUUGUUCGUCGGCCACGCGCCGGCUACUGUGAACUCGUUGGUCAAGAUGGGCAACGGUGGAGCUGCUUCUAAUUCGUCGCAAAUGCAACUGGAUAAUAGCUUCAGGUAGGCUG